GACCAUCUGGAAUCUGUCAGCAGCACCGAUCUCUCUCCCUUGCAGUUUAUCCGAUGUCGCUUAUCCCGGCUACAGCUCCAUUUGAAGAGAUCUGGAACCAGAACUGUCUCUGAAUUGAUGGAAUUGAAGCAGACAGAAAACAUCACAAUUACUCUUUCAGCUGAAGAGGAUCUCCUACUGGGCCUGGUCCUGAACUCUGCUGGAGCCAGACCACCAUCCCCAGCUUCAGUCACAAACAGGAACUCUUUUAACAAGUCAAGCUGGUCCUGAUCCAGAUUGUUUCAGUCCACCAGAGUCUGAGGUGAGACUGUUUCUCAACCAUCUGAGACAAACUUCAACAUUGGUAUAAGCUGUACAAGAUGAGCAGUGGACUGACAGGAGGAGGGAGGACACACGUCCUCAGCCAUCACCGCUGUCCCGGUGUUGACCUGCUGCCUCAGCGUUCACUCGUCCUGAUGGAGAAAAGCUCUGAGCUCACCUGCUCAGGUAAGAGUGAGGCAGACUACAUCAGCGUCCUCUCCACUGCGCUCCAUGAUGAUGAAGAAGAGGAGAAGGAUGAAGGGAGCACCAGUGACUGGUCGGAGGAGGAUCUGUCGCUCCACCUUUCUCCUUCUGUCAUUUUCCAAUCAGACGAUGAAGACUCUGGUCCAGAGACGGACUUCGAGUGUGUUGACGUUUCUGUGGAAACACAGGUGAACGGUCAGCAGAGGGAGGAGCUAAAGAUGGUCCCUAAACGACAGGUUCAGUUAAAGAGGAAACAAGAACAGAACAUCUUUGACCAGGCGAUCGAGGGACAUCCAGAUGGGGAAAAAGUUAACAAAGCGGCCAAUCACCACCCAGAUUUGUUGCUACGGCAGCACAGUUUGCCCACCUCCUUUCACAGAUCCUCCAAGACUGGCAGUGAUGUUGACACCUGCAGGGUCUACCAGGGCCUGGUUGCAGGGAAGAGCAAAGGCCUGUGUCCUGGAAACUCCCGCCGUUUUCAGAAAUCUUUGUCUCUGGAUGAAACCAAAACCAAGAUGGCAUCCUGCUUCAUUAAAAACAUCCUUUGGAGGAAGAUGCAGUCGGAUCAGAAUGUCUCUGCAACUGCGCACGUGGAGAUGAAGCCGAAGGGGGCACCUCCCCUGCCCCCACCUGCAGAGCAAGCAGGGGGCCCAGGAGGAGGUGUGUUUAAAGCUCCAUUUUCUAUAAGGAUGUCAGUUAAAGACCCAUACACAAAUACGACUGCAGAAAAGCCUGACACCCAUAGAUCAACAAGCGUGAAGAUGAUUAGCCAGGAGCAAAGCCCUCCUCCCACCUACCAGCAGGCUGUGGGGGUCAAAAGUCGUGUUGUCAUGUUUACUGCACCUUUUAGCAGAUCAGUAAACAAGAACCACAGUGAAGGGUUCGGUCAUCCAACCACACGGCAGAGACGAGCCAUUGAGCCAAUCAUGAGCAAGUCUAAAAACGAUGAUGUCCCAGUGCUAGGCCCACCCAGUCCAACACUGAACAAUGAUGUGUUAGAAGUCAGCCAAUCAGAGGGAGCUGCCUCCAAUUCCACCUGUAAGACUGUCCUGGACUCCUCCAGUGAGAUUUCCCCAGGACCCUCCCAGCCGGUGCUCCACCCCUGCUUCUGCAGCCCCGCCCUUUACCCUGGCCUGACCCGUGUUAACAACACUGCCCUACACCCUGUCAACUUUGUCCACAGCCCCCUUAGCUACAAACAAACCCAGUUACAACAGACCCCGCCUGCUGCAACCCUCCAGCUAAUGAGGAGGUCUGAGGAGAAUCAGAACAAAUCCAUAAAGAAUCAUUCAAACCAACCAGACCAGAUCAGAACAGCAGGAGACCUGGAUGGACACGCUAGCUCAACGAAACCUGCAGUACAGGAGCAAUAUCAGCAGCAGCAGCAGAAGCCAUUUCUGUGUAAUCUUAAACCUGCACAGGUGGCCAAAGACUUUGCUGUUGACCUCACUGGUUGUGGAGUCAGACCUGGAGCCCUCCUCAGUGUUCCUCCUUCCUAUCACUUGAUGUUAGACCCCAACAGUGGGCAGUGUUUUUACGUGGUCACACCUCCACAACCGCAGAGGAAGAUGCUAUUGGAUCCAGAAACAGGACAGUUUGUGGAGGUUUACCUACCUGCAGUCAGCUCCACCCCCAACCCCUCUCUGUUCCCAGUGAGCCCUCCUAGCCACACCCCAACCAUGUUCCAUGUGGCCAGUGCUAACCCCACUGUCCUCUCAGUGCUGCCGUUCCAGCCGCUGAAGGCUCUGUCCUCACUGUGCACCCCCUGCAUACCCAUCACCAUGACGGCACCUGCUGCACCACGAUGACAUCAUAUGAUGACAUCACAGUCAUACGUAGGCUUAGAAUACAACAUUCAACUGGGUAAAACAGAUUCAGUUUUGUUUUAUUUUGCAGAUUUGUUUAAUCUUUUAUUUAUUUCAUUUCACUGUACCUGUUUGCACAUUAAUUAUUUUUAUUUUACACAAUUUUGUACGAAUGUUGCUGCUUUUUAGUUUUCGUAUAAUUUAACAAGAUGAAAAUGAAGCAUCACAAAUGUGCUUGUAACCACCUCAAUUUUACUGUCUUUAUUAUUUCUCUCAUAAAUCUAUUUCAAGCUGUAUUUCAAUUAUUUAUCCAUGCUGUUAGGUGUAAAUAAGACUUUUAAAAUACGUGGUGUUCCACAUGGUACUGGGCACCAGUUUAUUUUAAGUAUCGAACAUCUGAGCAUGUUUCCCUGACAACUGUCACCAGGAAAAUCUUUCCAUGUUACCUUUAGGUACAACGGUCACAGGCCUUAUUCAUGAAACGUGAACUGAAAGAAUUUGUGCAGUGUUCUCAGAGUUAAAUAUGCAUGUUUCAGCAUUUACUAAAGUGUUAGCAGUUCUGAACUUUUCAUAGGUACAAACAAAACCUCCUUCUGGUCCUCAGAAAAUGAAAAGUGACAUAAAUAUUACUCUCAUUGGUCAGACUUUACAACUCUACAACGGAUUUGUAGGAAAUGUUACUUUGCUGACAUGCAGAUACCUUUAAAACACAUUUUUCACACGAUUAAUUAAAUUAGAAAUACAACAUGUUUAUUUGACUUUCAUAUGUUUUGGAUUUAGAUUAUGUUUCUUCACACAUGUUUUAACAGAAACACAACUGGGUACUGCAAGUGAUAAAACACACCAGUAGAAGUUUACCUUCGGAGUUUCUGAUGACUCCUGUGUAUUGUCCGUUUCAAUCAGAUGAAGAUGUCUCCAAUUUCAGAGAUCAUGUUAUUGUUUCCAGCAGAUAUUUUACUUUGAGAUGUCCUCUUCCUGUUGAAGUCAUUUUUCGUCUUGAUGUUAAAACUUAACAUAGAAAAAAACCUUCUCAUUUCUUUUCUUUCUAAAAUCUCCUGCUUCUUGAGAAGACAUCAUUACUCGCAUCUUACAUUCACAAAUAUAUAUAAUAUUCAAUAUGAAUGUGCUAACCAUAUAGUACACACCAUACAAUACAUUUUUAAUUGGUGAUUAACUUAAGACGUGAACAUACAACAUUAGUUUGUCUUUAUUGAGGACUGCACCAUUUUUUAACCAUUAAUUUAUAUGUAUAUACACACAAAUGGAUAUAGGCUUAUGUAUGUAUAAUUGAGGAUAUAGCUGACAGCUUGUAUAUGAUGUUAUAUUGGUAUAUUUACAUAUUUAUGAACAUUUAAAUAUAUAUAGCUACAAUAUGUCUGUAUAUGUCUACACAUAUAUAGUGUGUAUAUGUUACUUUUAUGUAAUCAACAUAAAAUAAACAAUAGGUACUUAUGUCAAAAUA